AUGCAACCCACAAGUGGAAGAGGAACCCCGGGACCCACGCAGAGGGCUCCAGGGAGUUUCUCACCGCUGCCGGCCAGCACUAACUCCACUGGAGGUGUUGAUGUCCGUCCCCAUCGACCGUCUCCGGGCCCGGUGCGCAUGAUCUCAGCCUCGAGCUCCAGCAACGACGACCUCACGCCAUUGACCAUCCCUCGCACAACCAACCAGUCUACCGCACCGUCGCCCCAGCCAGGAGGAGGUCCAGGCGCAUCAGGAUUUGGAGGAAAAGCAGGAGCAUCACCCGAGCGACGAGGAGGAACAACACCAACCCACGCGACUCCUAUUUACAGCAGCUUCACGUCUCAGAGCAACAGCCAAAGCACCCCGAGUCUCCAGACCAACUUCUCGCGACCGACCCUAUCCAACACCGCCGCCCUGUCCGCCGCCCGCUCCGUCGCCGGGACACAUUCGCCCAUCGAUACGCCCCCGCGCAACGGGCCCUCCCCCCUGACCCUCCCGCCGACCAGCGCAACGUCCUCCACGCCCACUUCCUUCUCCGGCAGGGUAGGCGCACACUCGCGCAAACACUCGGCGAACGCGGGCCUGUUCGAGCCUACCCUGCCCUCGACGAGCACCUCCAAUCUUGGCCAGAUCCAAGCCGACUCGCCCAAACUCGGCCCGACGCCGUCGCAGGCGCAACGAGACAUGUCCGCCAGCCACAUUGCUGCGCAGGCAGCCGUCUCCAAGUCGCAGCUUAGCCAACAACAGCAGCAGCAGCAGCAACAGCAACAGGCACCACCGUAUGCGCAUCAACACCUUCUUCACCUACAACACCGUCAGCGGUCCCAAACGAUACCACCGUCCACCGAGCAUCAUGAACAAACACCGGUCGCGAACAAGCGCAUGAGCGGCGGUCCGAUGAGCCCUCCGGUGUUGAGCUUAACAGAGGCGAGCGCGCCAAGGGAUAAUGUGUUUGGAAGUCAAGGAUAUCACAACGGCCUCCCCGGAAACCAUACCCUUGCUGCCACGGCGGCCGCGAACGUGGUGUUCCCCCGAUCGGCGCAAUCGUCGCCGAAACUGCCCACCCAGUCGACGAACCCCUUGACACCCACUCCACCGCCUGUCCCUGCCGAGAAACCUGUCGUCAAGUCGGAAAAGAGCAAGGUCAAGCUGUUUUCACGUCCUGGCAAGUCCAGCUCAAAGGGGGAAUCGUCAAAGGAUACUAAGCCACUGCCCAGCCCGGGAAAGCUAGGGCAUGCCUUUUCGAAUCUACAACGAGCCAACUACAGCACUACGAGUCUCGAAUCGAAUAUGCAGCAGCCUUUCUAUGCCCAUGGCAACUCGUCAACCGCCACGAUACGACCAGCCGAAGCUACGGAGAAGGAGGUGAAAGAAAAGGAGAAGAAGCAUGGGCAUUUCUUGAAACGACAGAAGGAAAAGCUGAUAGAGGCGUAUCACCUACCGCUUUCGUCAGCUUCGAGCAACUCCAGGCCUACAGACCCAACAGCUCCCAGCAGUCUGUAUAACUUCAACUUGCCAACAAGUCCAGGUCCCAGCAGCAAUGCGUUCAAAUCGGGUCUUGAUUUGCGACACGGCGGCCGUGCCUUGCGCGAGAAGAAGAACAAGGAGGACAAGAGUCUUGACGAAGCGGCCUCGAGCUACAACCCUGGAGGCGACUGGCCUGGUCCAAGUAGCGUGAGCUCUGCCACUGGCACUCUGGCCUCAGCACUCUUCCACAAUGAGCCUUUUGACAGCCAAAAGUUCGGGCUCAACAAUAUGACCCUUGAUGACGCCUGGCCUUUUCUCAGGGCCAAGCUGCUUGUCAUCUUUGAGGCUGAGGACCUUCGUCUCCCUGUAGAAGAUCUGAACCGUAUAGUGACGAUGCAUAUCCAGUAUUGCAUAAAGCGGCGCAGCCCAAAUAUCAUUAUCGAGGAUAUCCGGGACUUUCUCACGACCGGUUUCUCGAGUCUCGAUCAGAGUUUGAAGAAGACCCAGGAAGACCGCUUGAUUCCUGCCCUUGUCGAGCUUUGGAUCUUCACAUUUACCAGUAUCCUACCGUAUCUGCAAGCGGUCUUUCUACCAUUAGACAUGGAAUUUGCCGGCAACGGGCCCUUGAUGACGCCAGACCAAGCCCGUGACUUCUGGGGUGGUGUUCCAGCAAGUUACGGCGUCAGCAUACCGGCCUUAUCCGUCCUUGACAUACGAAGACUGGUUCUCCUUUCCUUCCGAGAUAUCGUUAUUGUUCCUCGCUACGACACGCUGAAGACCAUGUUCUCGCGUCUCUCUCUCGAGUUCCUACCGCAGAACCUAGCCAGCAUGGCCCUCUCCUCUCCGGUCCCGGUUUCUACAUCUGGGUUCCAAAACACGGCUCACAACCAAGGCGGUGUCUAUCAGUCCGCACUCUCGACCUCGCCCUCACAAGAGUCGCAGCUCUCGCUGUCCUUCGCAGGUAGCCUCCCAGCAACCAUGACCCUAGGGAUGGGCGCCGGCUUUGGCACUGCCCCUCCACGACCAAACACCUCAAUGUCCAACCCCGUUGGCGCUAUGGAUCCCUCCUACGCGAGCUACAGCAGCAACGGCAUGGGCAUGGGCAUGGGCACCGCCGGCGGCGAUACCACACCAGGAAGCGGUAACCGCUCGCGGGCCAUUAGUAACGUCAGCUUCGGCAGCGACCACGGCAACGCCAACCGCCCCUUCACCCCAAGCAGCAUUCAAGCCCUUGGAGCCGCCUCCGCCCAAGCCGCCAUGUCCACCCCCAGCGGCGUUGGUAUCGCCAAUCUCAACCUCAACAUGUCCACCCCAGUACAACAAUUCCCAUCGCACGUGGCGCCCAGCAUAAAAAGCAUAGGCAGCAACUCCAUCCACGGCAGCCUCCGCGACCCUACCGGCGGCGGUGGCGGGAAAACCGCCGACCAAAACGUCGAAGACUCCAAGCAAGUCACGGAAAUGGUCGGCCGCAUGCUCCAAUGCAUGUCCGUCCUGGCAUCCGUUUCCGCGCCCACCACUCCUUCUUUCACAUCCUCCUCCUCAUCGUCCUCGGUACCAAACAACAAUCCCCACUCCUCCACCGGCAACCUCACCUACAACACCAACAACACCUACUCCUCCUCGCAAACCUCCGUGGCAACAACCACCAUGACCAACGCCACCGUCCCCGCCUCGCCCUCCAGCUCUUCUGCGGCGGGCGGCCUGCCCCCGCUCGUCCAAACUAUGUCUUCCCCCUCGCAGUUCUCCUCCCCUCCGUCGCCGGCUACGCCAACGGCUACCAGCCCUGGCCCGCUCCCGCUUCGCCCGUCGAUAUCUAGUCUGAGCGCUAGCUUGGCCGGCAGCUUUGGUGGUAUUGGUAACAGUAGCGUGCCGAAUACGCCUACGGGUGGUACCGCCCCUUUUAGCCAUGCCACAACCACAGCCCCCACCAACACUGCUGCUGGUGGGAUAGGUGGAAACGGAGGGCCCCCCGAUGAAUCCUCCCGCAUGAUCGAAGAACUCAACAAACUCCUCAAGCUGAACUGGCUCGGCCGCGGCCGCACCGGUCGCAACAGACGGGGGAUCGUGGGCGGGCGGGUAAAACGGGCGGGAGCUGGGUCUGGAUCAGGGUCUGCUCUAGCCUUCUCAAUGGGCGCUGGUUCUGGGAUGGGCUAUGCUUCGUCGUAUGGAGGAUAUGCGGGCUCGUUGGGAACGGGGCCGGGGGGUGUGAGCAUGAAUAGUCUUGGGACGACUGGGACGAUGGGGGGGAGUAUAGGAACUGUGGGAAGCGGGUUUGGGGGUGGGCUGCAGGGUCAGGCUGAUAGAGACAGGGGAACAACGGGAAUGGGAGGGACGGGGUUAGGUUUGGGCAGCAGUGUCAUCGGGACAGCGACAGCGGCAGCGGCAGGAGGAGGGAUAAGUAGCCCGCCUACUGGUGGUGCCGGUGGUCCUACUGCUGCUGUUCCUGCUACUGCUGGUACUGUUGGUGGUGCUGGUACUGUUGGUGCUGGUGCCGCUUUGGCUGGUCCUGCUGGUGCUGCUAUGCCUACUGCUGGCGGUCCCAGUGUCGGUGCCGGUGCUGCUGCCGGUGCCGGAUCGUCGUCGAAUUCGGAGGUUGUGGUUGACAAUUAG